AUGACUACUCCACACGGACCUAAUAUUUCGGGCUUCUCAAGAAGCUAUAUUAAAAAACUUCCUGCAUAUAUAACAUACGAAAAAUUCGAAACAAAUAAGGGUUCUAGUGAUUAUAGUAUCAAGUGUGAUUCAUUAAAAUCCACUGGAGACCAAGCUAAAGAGCUAUGUGAAAAAUUUGCAGUGAAUUUGCAAUCUAUAUGUAAAACAGGGAGUACUACUAGUUCUCCUUCUUCUACUUUGCCUACUCCUACUGCCGGUGCUUCUGGAACUAGUACUACGGGAAAUAGUAUUAAUUUAUCUGAAGCUAAAGCCAACUGUUUAUUACUUAAAUAUUGGUUAUUUAACGAAAUAAGAAAACUAAAUCUAGGUGGUAAUGAAAAAAAAGACAAGAAUCUGGAUACGCUUAUUCAUAUAAUUUAUUAUUUACAAUUCGAAAUUUAUACAAAAAAUGGUAAUAAGUUUUACUGUUUUAAUGAUAUAUAUGAAUAUCUUGACAACUGGGAGGAAGAAAAGUUUUUGUAUGAAUAUUUUAUGAAUGUCCCUAAAAUCGAAUGUAUUAAUAAGAAUAAUGGAACUGAUUGCAAAGCUUAUGAGAAAUACGUUAAUCGUGUUAAAACAUAUUAUAAUGAAAAAAAAAAAAGAAUUAUGCUGUAG